GCGGGCGGAAUCGAGUGGGGUGCGCAGGCGCGGACGGAGGGCGAUGGCGAGCCAGUCGCAGGGGAUCCAGCAGCUGCUGCAGGCGGAGAAACGCGCGGCCGAGCGGGUGACCGAGGCCCGCAAACGAAAGCAUCGUCGGUUGAAGCAAGCGAAGGAGGAGGCCCAGGCUGAGAUCGAGCAGUACCGCCUCCAGCGGGAGAAGGAGUUCAAAAAUAAGGAAGAUGCUGCACUUGGUUCACAUGGUAAUUCGGCCACUGAAGUUGACAAAGACACUCUUGAGAAAAUCAAAAUAAUUGGGGCAAGCUAUGAGCAGCACAAGGAAAUGGUUUUGAAUAACCUCCUCAACUUGAUCUGUGACAUCAAACCAGAAAUUCAUGUCAACUUUCGCAUUAAUGGUUAGAACUGGAUUGUAGUUUUGCAUUGAACAAUACCAAAGAACCACUGGGAUAGCAAUAUUUUGUGAUAUUACUAUGCUUAUGCAAACUCUUAUUUGUGCAACAUUUCUACUUUCAAAUAAAAUAAAAAUCAGAUGAAUUUAAAAAAAAAGGGCAGUUUGAGUUUCUCUUGUGAAGUUUCCUCUGAUGUUGAAACUUUUACAUGUUCCUGAUUUCCACUAGAUUUUCCCAGGCAAAACUGAAGGUGUUUCAACAAUGAUUUUCCAUUUUAAAAGUGAGGAAUUCAGAUAUUAAGUGAUAUAAAUGCGCGCAAUAUUAAUCACACUCGAAUAAAACAAUUGCUUAGAUUAUAUUUUGAAUUAAGGGUGCAUUUUAACAGUAGACAUAAUUAAAAUAUAAAAUUGUGCUUGACACAAGUAGAUACUUGCAUUCAGAUCAUUGGAGCUUGUGUGAUUACUGAUUUUUUGUUGUUGUUGCACAAACGUGGUCAGUCUGACAAUAUAAACUGAUGUAGUGAUCCAAGAUAUCUUUAUCAAACUGCGAAUAAUUGAGGGAGGCAAAGAAUGCACUGAACUCUGUCCACUUAAAAUAUUUUGGGAUGAAAAUGCUUUAUUAAUGUUCUAAAUAGAAAUAUGGGACAUUGGCAAUUGGAUCCAUCUUAGAUUCGGAUCCCAUUGUAACAAAAUGGCCUUGAGCAAUUAUAAACAGUUCAGACUCUGCAUGGUUGGUAUAAAUGCACCUGUUGGAACAGAUGUCCGAGUGCCAUUAAAGUCUAAUAUAUAAAAAGGAAACUUGGAUAAUUAAGUGAUUAUUUUCAGAAUCUAAGCUGUGUAACAGCUGAUUAUUGUAAUGAGAUUCCAGCUUGGUGUUUGAAUUAGUGUUGUGUAGUACCAUCCUAGUGUGCGACAGAGUAGUCUAUUCUUUUACUUGAAACUGCUGGCAAUUAAAAAUCUUUGUUUUUGUUAACAUUACUGUUCACCAUAAUACUUCUGUCUUAAUCUGGUAAUAAAUCUGUUGCUGCCUUCA